AUGGGAGUGGAAGUGGAGGUUAUUAAACCAGGAGAUGGAGGUAUCUCGCCAUGCUCUAGUGUAUACCAGUCUUGUGUAGGGAGCUUAUUUAUAUUCUUCUUCCAGGAACUCCAACUAGAGGCCAAACUGUGGUGGUACACUACACCGGUAGGUUUGUCGAUGUCUGAAUAUUUGUAAUUCUCACAGCUUUUCAGUUGAAGAAUUACUUGACAAAAUCUGGCAAUUUUGUUACCACAGGGACGUUACAAAACGGCAAAAAGUUUGAUUCCUCACGAGACAAGGGCAGACCUUUCAAGUUCAAGAUUGGAGCAGGCGAAGUGAUUAGAGGUAAUUUUUUAAUCAAAAACUAUUUUCAUGACUCAAUCUUCGAUCGUGACUCCCGACUACCAUUGGUAUUUCAAGUCUUGUAUUGGUCUCUUUUGAUAAGGUCUAUAUAAUGGCGGUAUUUGCAACUCUUUUUUGUUUGCGUUUUCGAAGAAUUAGGUUUUUUCCUUCCUUUAACGUAAGAUUUUGCAAGAGCACGGCAAUUUUACCGGGUUCAUCAGUGGUAAAUUAUUACAUCGAAUAAUCGUCCUGUCAAUUAAACAGGAAGAGGUGAGCCUCGGCGUAAUCUAGUAACCUACCAGUGUAUAUUUAAUGUUGUGUAUUUAAAUUUGUUAGCUUUUUGUACACUUUUGUCUGCGUGCCAGAGUCUCCCUGCAGCUUGUCGAAUGAAACCCUUGUCCACUGAAGGAAAGGUGGUAGGGAACGUAAACAUUUCCACCGAAGGGGAGGCUUAAAUUUGAGUGAGGGAAUGAGGGGAAAGCAGCUGGGAUUAUCAAGUAUUCUUAUGAGGACCUAAAGAUUCUAUUUUAAUUAAAGAUUGGUUAGAAUUAAAACUUAAGAUUUUUGAGUUUAUUAGAGAUCAGCAACGACCAAAAAAACGCUCUGGUUGUUUUUUUACGGACGGACAUUUAGUCUGGAGCGAAUAAGUGGGGAAACAGCUAGGAUGAUCAAGUAUUCUUAGAGGGCCCUAAAGAGGCUAUUUCAACUUUAAAAAAAUAAACUGAAAAAAUCCAGUUUAUAGAGGUUGUAUUAGCUCUUCUUUCUCAAGAUCUCAUUAGUAAUGCCCCUUACUGUAUGCUAUGCGAUUCUUACGCAUAACAUGAGGCUUUUUGUUUUUAUAAUGCCUCUUCUCUGUGAAACCUGUGUUAAAUAGUUACCCAUAUGAAACAGCAGUCACACAUAUAAGCAGUCACUCUGUCAUUCUUCCCUUUUACUAUUGAACCUGCAGAUAUCAUAAAUAUCUUUGUUACUAAUCUCCUUUUUACCGUCCAUACAUAUGUGUUAUUGAUCAAGCAUGAAUACAAUAAGGCUUGAUAUUGCCUAGUUCUCUUUUGGCAUUUUUAUGGAGUGAGACAAAGUCGAGGUCCAUAUAAAUGCAGGAAAGGAACAAGGCUACUAUCCAGCCAUCUUGACAGAACAAGAUUGGUCAAUAAAGGAUUUAGUAUAUAGUGAAAUAUUUUGGUUUAUUUACUGCCCAAGAGUGCUAUAUGGCACAGGAUGCCAUUACGUACCUAAUAUUUAUCAUUUUUUCUGAAAUUUUCACAACCAAAUAAGAAUCAAGAAUGACUUGAUUAUUUCAAGAGCUGGUGAAGAAAGCCAGCUGUGUUUGUUUUCUUUGUUUUGACCUUCUUCUGCUGCUUUUUUGCAACUCUGUUGCUAACAUUGUCCAAAUAUUUUGAACUUUGUAAGUGUGCUCCCUCCCUCCCUGAUGGGCCCAUCUUGCCCACUCAGGUAGCCAAUCAGAUCAGAGGGUUUGCACCAUAUUGCAAUGUUAGCGAAACAAUUAUGUAAGUUAUAGCACCACUUCAAUUUAUGGCAAGGGCAUUUCACUCUUAAGUCAUAAAUCUGAGCAGAAAAAACUUAGCUGUAACUUACAGUGCAAAUCAUAAAAAAGGGUUAAUAAGAGGUAUUUAUUUCUGCAGGUCCUUGAGAUGUUCAUUCAUAAUUGAAUGUUUUCCCAUUUCACUCUUGGGUCAUAAAUCUGAGCAGAAAAAACUUGGCUGUAACUUACAGUGCAAAUCAUAAAAACAAGGUUAAUAAGAGGUAUCAGGUGCAGUUCCUUGCGAUGUUCAUUCAUAAUUGAAUGUUCUCCCCAUCCCCCCAAUCUCUAUUAAAAUCCUGGUCACUGACCAUUUUUUUGGGUUUUUUUUCCAGUCCUUGUUUCAAUCCUGUUUUAUUUUUUCUCUCUCCCUUUUUUUUUUUUUUUUUUUUUUGAAGGAAAGGUCAAACUGUUUUUGGUUCAUAGCAUUCCUACAAAGACACAAUGUUUGGCAGAGCUCUUAACACUUUCCCUUAGCAUCUGCAAGUUAGGAUUCUUUUUUGCUUAUUAUUGUUUAAUAUGCAUGUUUCUUGGCAUCUUUUAGGUUGGGAUGAAGGAGUAGCUCAGGUAAUAUUCAUCAUCAUAUUUUUUUUAUUUGCCUUAUUUACACAAUACAAAAAAAUUUAUUUACAGCGGUUAUAGCUAGAAGGCGAGGAGACCCAGGAAGCCACCGGGCUUAUGGGAGAGCCACCUCACUUACAUUAAUAAAUAAAGUAAAGAUAAAGUGCUGCGAAUGUGCGGCUAGGCCAAUUCAAGGAUUAUUUAAGUAAAAACUCUUGCAUUUUCGUCUUAAAACUAAGAAGGUUUGAUGAACGAGUGACCGAAACAGGAAGAGAGUUCCAAAUUUUAGGACCUUGGUAAAGAAUUGUAAAUUGCUUGAGAUUGGUACGGCACAAAUGUGUUCGAUAAUUACUGGCUGUUCUGGUACCAUAGUUGUGAAUUUGGCUAUUGGUUACAAAAAGAUUGAGAAGCAAUGGAGGCAAUAAGUUAUUUCUAUGAUAAAACAUGAAUUUGGCGAUUUAUUGAUUUAUUUAUUUAUUGAUUGAUUGUUUUUACAUGUUAAUGAAUAAUUAACAAAUUAUAUUUAUUCACAAUAAGAUUGCUCUCAGAUAGAGCACUUUUUGACAGCUUAAAAAAUUGUUACUUUUAGUAUUAGUUUUGUUAAAUUAGCUUGUUCUGUAAUUAUAUAUACUUGUAAAUAAUUAUUUUAUCGAACAGUUAUUCAUUAAGUGGAGGUGAAUGAUAAUAGAUAUUUACCAAGCUACAAAGCAGCCACUUAAAUAUCCAUCACUUUCUCCCACACUGAGGUGAUAAUUAUUUUGGUAGAUAUCUCACAGAAAUCAAAACAUUAUUUUAUUUCUGUCACUAUGCGGUAAAUAGACAGAAUUUUGACUCUAUUCGAAUUGCAAAUGAUGAGGCAUGCAUAAUAGUGAUGGGCAUCAGUUGUUUUGACUAUGGAUUACACAAAUCUCUAGGUACUAAAGUCUGAACCUACCAAGAGAUAAAUCCAGCUAAAGUUCAUUUCUUUUGUUACAGAUGUGCGUAGGUCAACGAGCAAAGCUUACUUGUUCUCCAGACUUUGGGUAUGGAGGCAGAGGGGUCCCUGGUGUAUAUCCUUUUUUACAUUUUUGAUACUGCUGCUUAAGGGGAGCGGAAGAUGGAAAUUUUUGAUGAUGGGGACACCAAAGCAAAAGCAGGAGGUAUUCCCCAGGGUCUCCUUCUUGAGUUUGGUGCUCUCUUUAGGUUUUGCUCUGCAUUUUCAAUCAAGAAAGUGUGGAGCCUACCGAUCAUUUGAAAAACUAUAAGAACCUCAAAAUUGACACUUGUCAUUGCAUUUGCUCUCCUUUUGUUUCCUGUUUUAUGAAGGCAAAGAAAUUGGCUGUGAGAAGUUUUUAAGGUACUAUCUAUAAAGUUCAAACUAUCUACCCAACGUUCCUCAACUUUAAGGAAAGGUUUGCCGAAAUGUCAUUCAGGGGCCAAUUGUGGUCUUCUUUUUACUACGACAAGUGAAAUUUUUAAUUGUUUUAAUAGUAAAUCAUUAUUAUAGUAAAUUAUUAUUAUAGUACAACUCUGAGUCUUUUCCUUAACCAUUUACACUAUCCCUCCAAAUGCUGUCUUGAUAUUUGAUGUAGAGCUGCUUGGGCUGGAAUGA